AUGGUGAAGAUUGCAAUUAUUGAAUACUCAACUUAUGGUCAUAUAGUGACUCUUUCAAAAGAAAUUCAAAAAGGAAUUGAAGCGGCUGGGUUCAAAGCUGAUAUUUAUCAAAUUGCUGAAACUUUACCUAAUGAUGUAUUAGAAAAAAUGCAUGCACCAUCAAAACCAAAUUUCCCUAUUGCAACAUUAGAUGUUUUGAUUGAAUAUGAUGCAUUUAUAUUUGGUUUCCCAACAAGAUUUGGUAAUGCACCAGCUCAAGUUUUAGAAUUUAUUGGUGGAACUGGAUCAAUCUGGCAAAAUGGUCAAUUAGUUGGUAAACCAGCUGGUUUAUUUACAUCAAGUGCAACUCAAGGAUCUCAAGAAAUUACUCUUCGUAAUUUCUUAUCAAUAUUAGCUCAUCAUGGUAUGCCGUUUGUACCUUUAGGAUAUACUAAUGCAUUCGCGGAACAAGCUAAUGUGGAACAAGUACAUGGUGGUUCACCAUAUGGUGCAGGUACUUUUGCUGCAGGAGAUGGAAGUCGUCAACCAACUCAAUUGGAAUUAACAAUUGCUUUUAAACAAGGUGAAGCUUUUGCUAGAACUGCUAGUAAAUUUUAUACAUCAGAAAAAAGAUCAAUUAAUAAAACUGGUGAAAAAUCCACUGGUGCAACUUCAACUGGUGCUGCUGCAACUACAACUAAACCAGCUCAAGCUAAUACAAAUGCUACUUCACAUGAAAAAUCAACUUCUCAACCACAAAGAGCUGCACAAACUUCAAAAGCUCCAGAAACUACCGAUAAAAGUUUCUGUUCAAAAUGUAUUAUAAUGUAG